ACACACUCAACUGCUUCAACUCGUUUGUUGCCACAUUUCACAAUCCAUAAGCACCACUGAAGGCAGAGGCGAUGAGGAAAAGCCAGAGUCAUGACUUCGAGACUGAUGUCCCUGCCGCUGAGCUAUGGGAAGUCUACGGUACACUCCGUGCAGCAGAGCUAUUGCCUGAAUUGCUUCCGCAGGUCCUCUCGAAGGUUGAGCUCGUGAGCGGUGAUGGUGGCCUUGGCACCAUCUUGGAGCUGACAUUUCCUCCAGGAAUUCCUGGCCUGGAGAAAUACAAGGAGAAAUUUACCAAAAUUGACAAUGAAAAAUAUAUCAAGGAGGCAGAAACAAUUGAUGGCGAUGUUCUGAAGCUCGGAUUCCUCUAUUACAUGGUCAGGUUUGAGAUCAUUGUGAAAGGACCCAGCUCUUCAGUGAUAAGAUCAACUAUUGAGUAUGAGAUUGAUGAUGGGCAUCCUGAGCUUGAAUCCAUGGUCAGUACUGCACCUUUGGCUGCAACCGCUGAAAGAUUUGCAGGGUAUAUCAAGGAGCAGAAGAUCGCUCAGAGCAGUACUUGAAGCAGCCCUGAGCAAAAAGUAUCGAUACUUGAGAAAUAAAUGUCUGAUUCCACUUCGCGUACUUUCGCUGCACAGACAUGUUGUGCAGCAAAUUUGAGCGCCAGAUCAGACAAAUCAUGGAGCACAUUCUGAUAAUUUGUUUGAUCAUUAAAUUUUUACCCCAUAGUGAUACAUCGGUAUUUUGCGUUCCAUGUAAGCUUUUAUGAUGUAUCAUCACAUCCUAGGAAAAUAUUUUCAUGCAUAGUAUUUAGUGGCUGAUGGCCAGUUGAACCAAAUAAAGAGAAUGUAACUCAGGUUGAUGGCGAUAUGACAUCUUAUGGUUGAUUAUAUCA